UAGUGGACUGCACCCUUUAGCCUUGGGGCCCCAUGUAGUAUGUACGCCUGUGUUGUUCAUCUGUUCAUUACCAUUAGCACCUUGUUCCUAUAGUCAGGGGUGAUAGUAGGCCCUAUAAAAUAAAAUUAAUAAGGAAACAAAUUCUAAAAUAUGUUUGUGGUGAUGUCCUCUUUCACAUCAGAAAAAGGAAAGGGGAGGGUUUUGGUUUUUGAGGGAAAUUAUGGGUAAAACGGCAGCAUAAAUGAAGCAAUGAAAAUUGCGAAUUUGUAAUGCGUUUGAACAAAGAUGAAUUAGUGCCUGUGCUGUAGUCUGGUUCCCUGACCGGGAUGAAGUUUCUUUUGGGUGCAUUGUCCCAAUUCAAGGAAAAUUCUCCGCCAGACAUUCUUUCGAAAAGAGGGGUAUGUUUGGGCCACGAAAUGGUGGGAUUGUGUCUGUAUGGCCCAAGAUCACCUCUGUAGAUUCAGGGGCACCCAUCUGGGGGCAAAGCAGACAAAAAUGUGAUUGAAAAUUUGUCAGAAGAGCCCGAUGAAGUAUAUCCACAGUGGCUGGGUAGGGGAACCAGACGUGGAAGAAAUAGGCCUGAUAGGCCAAGCGGAUAGUGAUCAUAGUCUACAGUCAUCUUUUGUCAAACUCAAUUUUUUCGUUGUAGGCAUAUUCCUGAUGGGUAACCUGCUGUGUACAUGUAUGUACUGUACAUGAAUGUGUAUUCAUCAUGUCUGAUGAACUGAUAUGGAGGUGCAACAAACCCAACAUCGUGAUGCAUUUGCGGGCAAGAGAGGCAGACUUGGGAAAAUCCCCUGCAUAUAGACGCAAUUGUCGCAUGUGGAGAACUCUGAUUUGUGAUAAAAGUUCAGUUUAUAAGAAGACUUGGAGUUUGACAUCAAAAAAUAAGAUACACUACUUGGGAGAUCGGUUGUACAUGGACGACUUCCGGACAUGUUACAGUUUGAAUGGACUAAAUGCCAUGCCAACUGUGAUAUAUAAGAAACCAGACAAGUCCCACAUCUACAAAUUGGAGGCUAAUCUUCACUGUUGUGCUGAACUAAACACAUUACCUGUGGCAAAUGCUGGACACAGACCUUAUAUACUUGGUCUUACUAAAUGCCAACACCUCAUCCGCAUUGAUCUCAAGACUGGCCGAAUCUUGCAGAAGAUCUUCUUGGGUCAACAUCACUUGUUCUCGAAGUUCAUAUAUUUGAAUUGGGAUGUUUUUCAAGAAAGAGCAGUGGCAUGUUCUACUCAAUCUAAGUCGUCAACAGGGCCAAUGAAGUCUUUUGUGCUACUCAGUGUCUUUCCUUUAGAUGUGAUUGGACAACUUACGGUUACCCAACAGGUAUUUGGUGCAGACAUUUGCAAUGCAAACAUCAGUGAUGGGUUGCUCAUUGUGAUGCAUAGAAACAACAGAGUGAGGAUGUACAACUUGGACCAAAUUAUCAAAGAGAAUACAAGAUUCUCGUUGCAACUGGGAGAAGUUGCCCCUACAGUGCUGGUAGGAAGUUCAUCAUCAGUGACAUCAGGUGUUGUGGGAUCGUAUCCAACAGGAAUACCUACUAAUAUACAUAUAACAGAGCGACCUCCUAUUCUCUUGGAAGUAUCUUGCUUACAGCAUGAUGUGUGUUUUGGGGGUUAUCCUUGGCAUUAUAUGUAUAUACCACAAACCAGUGAUCCGCUCUUACCACCAAAUGCUGAUGCUGGCACAGAGACAUACAUAGUUGCCAGUGUGGCAACCAACCAAAUGGUGGAGAGUGGCUUACUGGAAAUGGAUUCUGACUCGGAUGAUGUCACCAUGGCAUUUUUUCACAUGGAUGAUUCACAAAGGAUUAUUCAACUUGGUGAUUAUGAUUUGAUUGUCAAUGCAUUCCAUACAAGAGAUGAUGGGAAGAUCGAGUUGCAGAUUGUAUAUAGAGUGAGUCAUCCAGUUGUGGACAAACAUCUUGAAGGAGAAGAAGAAAAACAGCAAAAAGAUUUGGCUAAUUGGGAGACAACCUUGUCAGGUCGUAGGGUCAGCACUAAAUGGCGGAAACAGCUUAGAGUGCGAAAUCAAAUCAGAGACAUUAGUUUUGACAGUGAACUUGACUUCUUGCUGGUGUCAUUUGUAACAACCACUGGCUUUUCACCAGUAGGCACAAAAGGAGAGCUUGGAAUUUACUGUAACCAGACAGGCCGCCUGUUGAAGAUGAUGGACUUGGAUAUUGCUGAGUUUGAUACACCGAGCUGUCCAACCUUAAUAGAAAUGGACAUGGACUUCAUGGUACACAUCUAUGAAGGUGACCAUAGGGGUAAAAUGACAUGUUCUUUGUACCGGCUAGAUCGGCCCAUGGAAUGAGAAGAGCAUGACAUAACCCAGCAUUCACAUUCUACGAGACACACUGCACUGAGGCGAAGACCACCAAACACUUAUCACUGAUGCUAUUCUAUAUUGGCACCAGUGUCAAUUUGUUGACUUUAAUAUUCAGGAACCUGUAAAGCUGCCCGAAUGAGAUUAAAGUUUUAGACUACAUAACAAAAAUGACAGCUAAAAUUGUUUAUGACAGUGAAACAGUUUCAAGACUAUCAAGAAUGAAAACUGCUGAAGAGGUUAUUAUAAAAGGAAAGCAUAUCACCAGCUUUAAUUGUAAGCAAUUAAUCAACUAACAUUUUGUGAUACCACAGUGGCAUUUUCAUUUUCAAGUUUAUCACGUAUAUAAGUGAACCAAAACUAAGCAGAUUUUGGUAAAUGGUUCUUUCAUGAUGGAUGGUUUUGUUUUGGUGAAAGGGGGAUGUGUACUUAUAGUUGAUUUUGAUUUUUCAUAUUCAUAUAUAUAUAUUCAAAAGAUAUUUCCUGACCCUCUUAUUUUAAGACAAAUAUACAUCUAAGAAAUCUUUUAUAAUUUUGACAAAAAGCUUAACCGACAUUGCUUUAAACAGUAUUUCUCAAGGUACAUUUUAUAUGGUAGCUGUAAUCAAUUUAACAAUAAUGAUAACAGUAAUGGAUAUUUAUAAUGCUCUUAUUUCCACCUCAAGAGAUGCUCAUGGCACAGUAAAAUCAGGAAAAGAAAAACAUAAACUGAUAAAAACUUGCAGUUAACAAAGAAGUGAGUUUUUGAAACAAAAUUGUCACCCCAUGAAUUGUAUAGGGAACAGCAAACAACAAAGAAUCAGAAAAUCUUAGGCACCUUUGGUUUAAUACAAACCUUCACAAUGCACCUUUGUGUCCCAGGUAACUUUAUUUUCAACUUUUUUUUCACUCUUUUAGAGGGUGCUUUACUGCCUUUUUCAUUUUUAUGCUGUGUAUGUACAUAUUUAUGAGCAAAACCGCAAUGUCAUCCGAGGAAGAAAGCGUCAGUGCUGAUAUGUUUGUACAGAAGGUCCUGCACUUUAUAGUAGAUUUUAAGGGACUAAAUUUUCUCUUCAUGAAUUCAUUGUUGUUUAUGCACAUAGCAAUAAGCAAUCAUUAGUCCCUUUUCCAUUUUCAGUAAGCAAAUUUAAGGUUCACAAUUUUAACAGAAAAACCUAUACGCUGAACUGUGUCUCCCUUAGAUAACAUCACAGCAACAGUGCCCUCAUUUGCCUGGGAAAGCAUGGAUUAUUGUGUUUUAAAAAGUGCCCUUUUCAAUGCAUUUAACCAAAUAAGAGUGUGAAAGAAUUUUCAAGUAAGUUUUCAAAUUUUGUGUCUCAGAAAAAUUAAUUGUAGCUACACUUUAAGGGAACUUCUAUAAAUGACAUUGUUAAAAUUGUAUCUUUAAUUGACACUGUUGUAUUUGCAUACGUCAUAAAGGUUUCAUAAGAUUAUGUAAUACUGGCAUUUUUAUAAGAUGUAAUUUUUGGCAUGGGAAGAUAAUUUUUUUACAUCAGGUUUUUUUCCCCGUAUAAACACUGUAUACUCCUUGUUGAGUAAGGGCUUAUGGAAAAAUUGUACAUUUACUUAAACCUUUACUGGUGCAGAUGUCUUGUUACUCAAACCACUAAACUUGUUUGGGUUAGCCUGGCCUGUCUGAAUCAGAUAAGCAGUGGAUACCAGCAAACAUUUUAUAAGAUAUAUGUUGUUUGUAUUGGUAAUUAUUAAUUUAAUUUUUUUUAAUCUUAUACUGAGGUCUAUUUUACACACACCUAGUCAAAGACCCCAGGUUUGUUCCUACUGCAGGUUUUACAGUGAAAGGUUGGCAAUUUGUCACAAUAUACAUGUACAUUGUUAUUUUUGAAAAAUGCCUUUUCAUGUACUGUUUAAAUUUUGGAGAGAUACCCUAUUUCAUUGGUGCAUUUGAUUAAUAAACUAUUGCAAAAUCUUA